UUGGAACCUGAGCAAAGAGAUCAAGCAAUUGAACCUCAAAUUGCUCAAGAUAUACCACGUAGGUCAGACCGGAUACGUAAUCCUCCGGUCAGAUAUGGAUUUCUCAUGUCUGAUGAAGGUGACGUCUUGUUGGUAGAUCAAGGCGAACCAGAGACCUACCUCGAGGCAAUUACAUGCCCCGAAUCCGAUCUAUGGCUCCAAGCCAUGAAAUCUGAAAUGGAGUCUAUGUACACAAACCAAAUCAAGAAAGUUAAUAGGUCUAAAUCAAAGUACAUAUAUAGAUAAAAUCCUUGAUCGAUUUAGCAUGUCUAACUCAAAGAAAGGAUCUUUACCUAUGACACCUGGCACGGUUCUUUCCAAGAGCCAGAGUCCUUCUACUCCCGAGCAAAAGGAACUCAUGAUGAAGGUUCCAUACGCCUCUGCGAUUGGAUCC